GUUAGAAGGACUGUAGUUGUAGAGAAAGUCACUUGUCUGUGGGGACAGAAUGGAGCACACCUUGCUCUGUUUGCUGCUAUUGCUGAGUACACACAUCUACUCUGGACACUCUGAAGAGGAUGAUGGAAAGGCAAAGGCUGUUCUGACCAUAUACCCCACAUCCUCCCAGAUAUUCAGUGGAGAGUCUGUCACUCUCAGAUGUCACAUACAAAGGGGAGAAGUCACUGACUGGGAAUACACAUGGAGCAAGGAUGCUGUAGACUUAUUCAGUAGGGAGCAUAAAUAUGAGAUCAGUGAGGUUAUGAUUUCAAACAGUGGAGACUACUCGUGUCUGGGUAAACAUAUUGAUAAUGGGACAUAUUCUAUGUGGAGUGAUGCAGUCAGACUGACAGUGACAGGUAAGUCAUCUUAUCUCUCAACUCUUCCUGAAACUACACUGACCGUAAAUCCAAACCCUGCAUACAAUGGAGAAACAGUAACUCUGACUUGUUCAGUGGGAUCUGACAGUGGUUGGAUGUGUGCAUGGUACAAAGACAACACUAAGAAAGUAGUGACCUUGUCUAGCAGACACACUACAACAGGAGCCACCUUCACCAUCAGUAGAGCUGCUGAGUCUGACCAGGGUCUCUACUGGUGUCAGGGAGAGAUCCAGUCCAGAGCCAUAUCAUCAAUCAUCAGUGAUCCUAUCACUAUCACUGUGAAAGCUCUGCCCACGGCCUCAGUGAAAGCCUCUCCACGCGGUCCCCUCUAUUCUGGAGAGACAGUCACUCUGCAGUGUGACAUAGACUACAGAGACUGGAUGUACCACUGGCACAGAGACAACCAACUGCUUCCCAUUCCGACCAGUAAGACCACCACCAUCUCUCUCCCUGACCAGGCUGGUCAGUACCAGUGUGAGGGGACAAGGAAUGGACAGCCCGAGAGGACAUAUCUCAGCUCAUCUCUCACCAUCGUUGAUGCUGCCCUGCCUAAAGCUACACUGACCAUAACACCAAACCCUGCAUACACUGGAGAGACAGUAUCUCUGACGUGUUCAGUGGGGUCUGACAGUGGCUGGAACUAUAAAUGGUACAAAGACAAAAAAAAGAAAGUAGUGACCUUGUCUGGCAGACACACUACAACAGGAGUCACCUUCACCAUCAGUAGAGCUGCUGAGUCUGACCAGGGUCUCUACUGGUGUCAGGGAGAGAUCCAGUCCAGAUCCAUAUCAUCAAUCAUCAGUGAUCCUUUCACUCUAACUGUGAAAGAGAGACCUGUGGCUGUUCUGACCCUCCAACCCAUCUGGCCCCAGAUAUUCAGAGGGGAGACUGUCAAUCUCAGAUGUGACAUACAAGGGGGAGAAGAGAUUGAGUAUGUGUUUUAUAACAGUGGGAAUUCGGUCUACACGAAUACAGAGCCUGAGUACAGAAUCAGUCCUGCAAAGAAUGGUCUAUAUACCUGUGAAGGUCUUCAGAAAAGAAAUGGCUUAAAACACUCCCAGACAAGUAAUGCUAUACAAUUGACAGUGUUAGAUAAACCCCAAGCUGUCCUGAGUGUCUCUCCUCAGUGGCUGAACCCUGGAGACUCAGUUACUCUGAGCUGUGGGGUUAAAGAGUCAUCUACAGGCUGGAGGUUCUUCUGGUACCGAACUGUUCCCUACACAGCUGGGUUACUGUCCCUAUCGGACACGUCAUACUCUGUAGAGCCUCUAUCUGGCAAUGGGACAAGUGAAGACUCCUACACUCUGAUCCCUGCUGGUCCAAGUCACACAGGAGGAUAUGUGUGUAGAGCUGGGAGAGGAGACCCAGUCUAUGACACACUCUACAGUGAACCUCAGUUUGUCUGGUCAGGAGAUCCGCAACCAUCAGUGUCUCUCAAAAUAAGACCUAACAGAACUCAACACUUUACAUCAACGUCUCUCUCACUAAGCUGUGAGGAGAAGAGGAACUCUACUGGAUGGAGACUGAAGAGACACAGAGAGGAAGCAGUGGAGUCAGAGUGUGGAUCUAACUGGGGAUCAAUAGCAGGGUCCACAUGUACCAUCAGGUCCACAUACACAGGGGACAGUGGAGUGUACUGGUGUGAGUCUGGAUCAGGAGAGUACAGUAAUGCUGUCAACAUUACAGUGGACGUUGGCAGUCUGAUCCUGGAGAGCCCUCCCUAUCCAAUAACUGAGGGAGACUCUGUGACCCUCAGCUGUACAAAUAGAUAUCAGGAAACAAACCCAAACCCCAAGGUUGAUUUCUGCAAAGAUGGAAUAUUCAUCAGGAAUGAGACCACAGGAGAGAUGACCAUCCCUGCAGUAUCCAUGUCAGAUGACAUGGAUAGCUUCUAUAAGUGUAAAUCUAAUGAAGGAGAAUCACCAGAGAGCUGGGUGACAGUGAGAGGUUCCAUUGUCUCCAUCUCUGUGCUGCCCAGGCUGCUGUGUGGUUUACUGGUUGCGUCUCCCUUUCUACUGGUGUCUAUCGUGCUCAUGGUGAAAUGCUGCAGGGCUCGAGGCCUGUGUUCAACAGCCAAAUCUCUUCAAUACGAGUUACCAUCUGAUGAUGUCAUCAAACAGACUGAAUCAUCCGUGUGAUCAAUACAGUAAGAAUUAUAAACUGAAGACCCAUUUUUGGGAUGUUUAUGUUUCUGCCAUUGUCUUGACAUUGAUUUAUGAUAGUGUUUACUGAGUCAAAUACCUCUGAAUGGAAUUUUAUAAAUACUAAAUGUUAUGGUUUAGCAAGUUGACAUUUUCAGCUUUUGGGGGCUUGUUUGCUUUGCUUUGCUAUUGUUGAUUGUUGUUAAUUUUCUUUAAAUAUUAUACUUACCCCUCUUUGACUACAGUUUGUUGAUUAAACAAUAGUAUAGUGUCUGCUUUGUUUAUAAGUUGAAAUUGUAUUUUUUUAUAUUUCGUUUUUUAACAUAAUGUCGAUCUUUUUAUAUACAUUUACUUCUUUUUUUAAGACAAAAAGUGGGUUUAUACUUGGUUGGCCGACCUGCUAAUACAACUUUAACAGUUAAUUUGGCAGAUUUGUUGUUUGUUUUGAAUUCAAUUAACGUUUAUUUUUAUAUACAUUUUUCAUAAUUUUCACUGCUUUGUCUCUAUUUUUUUGUAAAAUUGUGUUUUUACAGUAGUUAUAGGAGCCAGAUUGAUAUUCCACUAUGGAACUUGAAUGAAGAGAGUGUUUUUUGUCUUACGUCAGAUAGCGCAAUGAUUCCGCAUGUCGACGAUUGCAUAGGAGUGACGCCAACUAACGUAAGACAAUGGAGAGUGUGUUGUAUUUUGUAUUUUAAAUGUUGUAUUAAAUCUCAUAUGUCAACAAAAA